UUUACUUUGCGUUUGAUUAAAACGGUGCAUUUGCAGCAGUUACUUCUUAACAUGAACGACGUGUUUGUGCGGCUUGUUGCGGAAAUAAGCUUUUCUAACAUUUUUUGUGCCAACUUAACGCCGACACCGCCGGUACAAACCGUCAAACCUUCGAAAUAAGAGCACAAUGUUUUCCGCGCUUUUCGCCACUAUGAAAACAGUUAGCUUUACAGUUAGCUUUAGCUUCACACACCUGCUGCUCAGAAGAAUCUACAAUCUGAUUAUUAAAGAGGAGGAGAAGCUGUGACUGACACUACUGAAAGUCUGAUAUUGGAUUUUCACCAGGCAGCAGCGAUGACUCAGGUCAGCAGUCAUGGGAAGCUGCUUCUGCAGCGUCUACAUGAGCAGCGGGAGAUGGACUUCCUGUGUGAUAUCACCAUUGUAGUGAGAGACGUGGAGUUCAGAGCUCACCGCAACAUCCUGGCAGCGUUCAGCAAGUACUUCUCCUCUCAGGCUGAAAAGGGUCAGGAUGUCACGACCUUGGAUCCCGACAAAGUCAGUCGUUAUUCUCUGGAGAAGCUGUUGGAGUUUAUCUACACAGGACAGAUGAACCUCAGCAGUACCAGACAAGCCGCCGUUCGUCGAGCCGCCGUGUUUCUGGGGAUGUCUGAGGCCACAAAGUAUCUGGAGGAAACCCCCCACUGGUCCGAGCAGAGCGAAAAGUCCCAGUCGGAAGCUGGUCUCUCUCCUCCCAGUCCCGCCGGCUCCUGGAGCAACCCCAGCUCCCCUCUCGCCCUGUCUAUCGUCUCCGUCACGGGGGCGGGGGCGGCGGCGGCGGCGGCGGUGCAGGAGGAGGCGAAGGACGGCGGCAAAGAGCAGGAGAACGAGGCCAAAGACGCAGACGUGGAAGAGGGAGACAAAAGCGAUGACGAGUACAACCCUACGCCGAGGAGCGCCGGUAGAGGACUGGCCAGGAAGAGGGGCAGGGGGAGACCCAAACGUUUGAGCGGAGAGCAGGCGGAGCCCAGCAGCUCCACCGACGACACACCUAAAACCCAGAGCUACAGGGGGAGAGGGAGGGGGAGAGGGAGAGGGAGAGGCAGGGGGAGAGGAAGAGGAGGUGUGAAAAGGAUAGAUCUCACCGUGGAAGAUUCUGACACAAGCGUGAAGGACCUCGGGGACACGUCCGCGGACUGGAGCCCCUCGCAGGACGAAUCCGCCGCCAAGAAACCCCGACUGAGCAGCGGAGGAGAGGGACGGAGAGGGCGAGGCCGCGGCCGGGGGAGAGGAAGAGGGAGGGGCAGGGGGCGAGGCAGGAGGGGGACCAGAGGGGAGGACGACGAGGAAGACAGCGGCGAGCUGGGGGCGGACGACGAGGCGGAGGGGGGCGAGGGCGAGAUCGGGGAACAGGAUCCGACGGGAAUGGACGAGCAGACGUUACAGACGUUGCACUCGUGCGGCGAGUGCAACAAACUGUUUAAGGACGCCAGCAGCCUCCACCGACACGAGAAGAUCCACAACGGGCUGAAACCCUUCUCCUGCAUCUUCUGCUCCAAAACCUUCAGACAAGCCACACAGCUGAAGACACACCUGCGCAUUCACACAGGCGAGAAGCCGUUCAGUUGCUCCGACUGUGAAAAGUGUUUUGCUCAGAAGUGUCAGCUGGUCGCUCACCGCCGGAUGCACCACGGCGAGGAGAAGCCGUACACCUGCGAACGCUGCGGCUUCAAGUUCGCCACCUCGUCCAACUACAAGAUUCACAUCAGACUUCACAGCGGCGAGAAGCCGUACGUGUGUGACGUCUGCGGUCAGGCGUUCGCUCAGUCCAGCACGUUGACUUAUCACAAGCGACGACACACGGGGGAGAAACCGUACCAGUGCGAUCUGUGCGGCAUGUCGUUCUCCGUCUCCUCCUCUCUCAUCGCUCACGCACGAAAACACACAGGUGAGACUCCGUACAAAUGUUCGCAGCCAAAAUGUGACGCAAGUUUUGUGACGUCGUCCGAACUGAAGAAACACAUGCGACGACUUCACCCAGAGGGGAACACCGGUGUGCAGUGCCUGCUGUGUGGAAACAGGUUCGCCAGCGUGAAGAACAUGAUCAAACACCAGGAGAAAGCUCACGCUGAUGAAGUGCGACAACACAAGGAGAGAGCCAGAGCUGUAGUCCUCCUGGCCUCCAGUCAUCCCGUGGCCUUCGUCCAGAGUAAACUCUCCCAGGAAAACAAAGGUUUGGCCUCCAUCCCUGAAGGCGAGCCACCCAACCCAGAACCAGCCACGCCCAACCCCAAAGCCAUGGCCCCGUCCGCCGACCCCGCAGACGCCGACGCCACCGACGCUUCCACCAGCACCGCCAUCAUCCAGGACUUGAAGGCGGAGCCCGCCCACCCGCCGAUCAGCACCGCCGACCAGGUCGCCUUCGAAGCCGACCAGGAGCAGACCAUCAACUCGGACACCCUCCACGCUUUGGUGGAGCAGCUGCGGCCGCCGCCUUCCCCCGCCACCAGCCUGGAGCAGAUCGUCAUCAUCAGGACGGUGGACACCGACCACAACGCUCCGCAGCAGUGAGAGUGUGACAUCACUCCAGUAGACACUCGUUAACGUACAGUCUGGAUCGACGUCAGCGCUCACGUUCACUCUGAUGGACGUUUGGAUCAUUUGGGUCUUAUUUUUGUCAAUUUGUGCUUUAUUUCUAUAAGUAUUAAUAACAUCGUCCUCAGUAAGCUGACAUCACUAAUGAGAACAGUCAGGUUAAAGUCAUAUUAUUACUUUAUAAACAUCCAUCACUGACAUCUUGGUCUAAGUUUGACCUGCUGUACUUGCCGUAGUUGUGUGCAGACUGUGCAAUGAAGGAUUAUUAACAACAUUCACUUUCAGUUUAACCCUAAAACAAAGUGGAAGAUCAUCUGGAUAGUUUUUCUAUUAAUCAAUCAGUCGUUAGGUGAAUAAAACACUCAACGUAAAGUCGUCAAAUGAAGUCGAUUAUUCAUCAAAUCAAAUAUUUUUGCUUGAAAAAAACGAUUGAAUAUCAAAACAGCGGCUAAACGUCGCAGCUCUACUGAAUUUAAACGUGUUUUUUUUUGCCUCGUUGAACUUAAUAGAAGUGAUGUUGACGUGUCCCUUUUUAGUUAUAAUAAUGUGAUUAUCACACGUAGAAGUGAUGCCGAAAACUACAAAAAUGAGACCUGAGAUGUAAAAGAAUGAUCCGUUAACAGACCUGAUGUCUGGAGCCUGUGAUUUAUAUAAACACUGUUGUCAUUCUUUAACUAAGACGUGAAGUGAGCUGGAAUAAUAAAGCAGAGAUGAAGCAGAUUUAUUCACAAGAAGAGAAAAUGACAGAAGGAAAGAGAGAGUAGAGACAGAAAAGCUGAUCAAACAAGAAGAGAAGCAACUUUUGAAUAGUUUGAAUCUGUAGUUGAUAGUUUCAGUUUUUUUCUGCAGCUCAACGUGUUCGUAUCCAAACAUCAGAACAACACUGAUGAACUGAUCUGUGUUCUGUUGUCAUUUGAGGAAACUGCAUUUCAAUCAAAGUGGUUGUUUUUUUUGUUGUUGUUGUUGUUUAUUUUUUUUAAAUUACUCAGAAAUGCAAACAGGGAUUUUGCAAAAGUGACUUUUUUUUUUUUUCUUCUCUUGUUUUCUGAGUUUUUUGUUCUUAAAGGUUCUCAGUAGCUGAGGAUAUUAGGUUGAAAAGGGGAAACUUUAAAGCAGUUUGUGCUAAAAAUGUUGAAGCUGAUGUUGAGAUGUUUCUCGCUGAAUGAUAAAAACGUUUAAUCCCAGUGACGUCAGAUAGAAACCAGUUUAUCUGCUGAUGAGUUUCAGACGCUUAAAUUCCAAAAAAAACAAAGUUAAGACUAACGAUGUUUUCUCUCCGACGCGACGCUGAGUUCAUGUUCUGUUCUGCAGCCGGUUGGAUGAAUCGUUAACGUAAAGAAGACUGUUGAUCACGUUAAGAUGUGACAGAACAGCUGUUGCAUAGUUUUAAUAGUUAACGUAGUUAUUAGGAGACUAGUUAUCACCAUGAGAUCAUUUCUUAUUUAUCAUAAAGUGUUUGACAUGUGACGGUGGCUUUAUUCAUGUAAACACAACCAUGUUGAUGCAAACUGAGAGUUUUGUUUCUGUGUUUUAUAGUUUUUUUUUAAAAGCAGCUGUUUCAGGUUUUAGCAGAAAAACUGUUUGAUCCACUUGAAAGUAGCCGUUUGUUUGUUUGUUUGUUUGUUUUUUUUUUUUUCAUGCUUUAUUUUUCUUUCUGGUGUUUUUUUGUUUGUUUGUUUUUUAAUUUUAGAGGAGAAAACGUCUGCAUUACUUGUACAGAAAUGUGAAUUACAUAAAUACGUUCACUACUGUAUAAAAACUGUACACCAGGAAAAUAAAAUUAAAGAUAAAAAGGGACAAUCAGGUGUUUGUGUCAGUUAAUAAAGCAGAAA